CAGAAUAUGAAGUACUACACAGUUGAGACUGGCAAUACUUUGGAUUCUCAUAUUCAGUUUAUGAGUCAACUCAACAAGACCACAAGAUGUUUUACGGAAGUCGAGUUGCCAGUGGAGAGUGAUGUCAUCCUGGCUUUCUGUCCCAUCGUCUCCCGCGCCGGGACUGAUAUUGAAGCAGCACUGCAACAGAUUCCAACUGAUAAAGAUGUCAUUCUGGUAGUGCUGCAUCACAACUUCAACCCAGACUCCACUGUACCUGACAGCAGCAGACUAGUGACCAGAAGUGAUGUAAUACUCACAGUGGACUGUCUGUUCCAUGAGAGCCAGAGAGGACUACUGGACUGUCCUCGCAAUGAUGCAGGGUUCUGAAGAGGAUGAAUUUGCUGCCAAAGUGGCACCCGAGAUGAAAUACUACACAGUUGAGACUGGCAAUACUUUGGAUUCUCAUAUUCAGUUUAUGAGUCAACUCAACAAGACCACAACAUGUUUUAUGGAAGUGGAGUCGCCAGUGGAGAGGAAUAUCAUCAUGGCUUUCUGUCCCAUCGUCUCCUGCGCCGGGACUGAUAUUGAAGCAGCACUGCAACAGAUUCCAAUUGGUAAAGAUGCCCUUCUGGUAGUGCUGCAUCACACCUUCAACCCAGACUCCACUGUACCUGACAGCAGCAGACUAGUGACCAGAAGUGAUGUAAUACUCACAGUGGACUGUCUGUUCUAUGAGAGCCAGGGAGGACUACUGGACUGUCCUCGCAGUGAUGCAGCAGUCAGCAGGGUUCUGAAGAGGCUGAACAUACAGCCAAAGAGAGGUGCAGGGGGCCCAACGCUCCUAACCUCCAGGCCACCUGCCGCCCCCCGGAACAGAUCACAUCAAACCACAACUGCAAUACAGUCGGCAGAAAAUAAUCCCAUAGCUGCAGGUGGCACGCAAGUUGAAGCAGUACACAGUUGAGACUGGCAAUACUUUGGAUUCAAAUUUUCAGUUUAUGAGACAAUUCAACAACACCACAACAUGUUUUAUGGAAGUCGAGUCGCCAGUGGAGAGGAAUAUCAUCAUGGCUUUCUGUCCCAUCGUCUCCUGCGCCGGGACUGAUAUCGAAGCAGCACUGCAACAGAUUCCAAGUACAGUCAUUUAUCCCCAUGGUUGAGGAGUAACAGAUUACAUACAAAAAAACUAACUGUAGUCCGUUACGUUACCAGCAAAAAUAUUGUAAUCAGAUUACAGAUACUUUUGAAAAACUAGAUGAUUACUUCGAGGAUUACUUUUAAAUUCAGAAAGGAUGUUUGCGAAAACAAUUCUUUGACACUUCUCUGUUUUCUCAAUGACAUUCAAAUCAGCAUUGAAAAAAAGUGCACAUUUAAAUUUGUUCAACGCGAGCGAGUCUGACCAUAAAUCAGAGACCACUAUGAUGACACAUCAAAUCAAAUCAAAUGUAUUUAUAUAGCCCUUCGUACAUCAGCUGAUAUCUCAAAGUGCUGUACAGAAACCCAGCCUAAAACCACAAACAGCAAGCAAUGCAUGUGAAAGAAGCACGGUGGCUAGGAAAAACUCCCUAGGAAAAACUCCCUAGAAAGGCCAAAAACCUAGGAAGAAACCUAGAGAGGAACCAGGCUAUGAGGGGUGGCCAGUCCUCUUCUGGCUGUGCCGGGUGGAUAUUAU